AUGAAGUUGCCCCUGUUUAUUGCAAGUACAGCCUUGACUAGUGCUGUCCUGGCUGCUGAUGCGGCCGAUUGGCGCUCGAGGUCAAUAUACCAGCUUCUGACAGAUCGAUUCUCUCGCCCCGAUGGAUCGACGACGGCGCCCUGUGUUACCGAAGACCGUCGAUACUGCGGCGGCACCUUCCAGGGUAUCAUAAAGCAGCUGGAUUAUAUUCAGAGGAUGGGCUUUACGGCGAUUUGGAUAUCCCCCGUUACCCAUCAAUUGGAAGGGAGAACGCCCUAUGGGGAAGCGUACCAUGGCUACUGGCAGCAAGAUCUCUACAAGCUGAACUCCCACUUUGGGUCGCCGGACGACUUGCGAGAGUUAGCAGAAGAACUGCAUCGACGUGACAUGUAUCUCAUGCUCGAUGUCGUCGUCAAUCACAACGGCUGGAACGGAUCCGCGUCUACAGUCGACUACAGUGUAUUUCAUCCUUUCAACAAGAAGGAGUACUACCAUGACUACUGCCCAAUACUCGACUGGUCCAACCAGACGCAGGUUGAGGAUUGUUGGAUCGGUGACAAUCUCGUCUCCUGCCCAGACCUGUAUACGCAACAUCCACACGUGAGGCGAGAAUACCAGUCGUGGAUCUCUGAUCUCGUCCGCGACUAUUCAGUGGACGGAUUGCGAAUCGACACCGCUAGGGAAGUCGAAAAGGACUUUUUCCUUGGUUUCGUUUCGGCGUCUGGAGUCUUCGCUACCGGAGAGGUCAUGGUCAACGACGCCAAUGAGGCCUGUCCUUACCAGCCGUACCUAGGCAGUUUCCUGAAUUACCCUGCUUACUACUCAUUGAUAGAUGCGUUCAAGAGUCCGUCGGGCAACAUCUCCAGCUUGGUCAAUCAGAUCAACCUGGUGAAAUCGACUUGCUUGGACACCACCGUCCUGGGUAGCUUUUCCGAAAAUCACGAUAACCCGCGUUUCGCCAACUACACGGCGGACCUGUCCCUGGCAAAGAAUGUCAUCGCAUUCACGAUGCUCGCAGAUGGGAUUCCCAUCAUAUACGCCGGUCAAGAGCAGCAUUACUCUGGCGGCAAUGACCCCAACAACCGCGAAGCGCUCUGGCUGUCUGGCUACGACACUUCCGCACCGCUUUACCAGCACGUCGCACAACUGAAUCGGCUUCGUAGUCAUGCCGCACGCCAGAGUCCGACAUACCUGACCUACAAAAACCAGCCCAUCUACAGUGAUUCGACGACCUUGGCCAUGCGGAAAGGGUUCGACGGGCAACAGGUUAUCACCGUGCUCAGCAACCUCGGCACUAGCGGCCCGAAGUACGUCCUAUCCCUUGGAAACACGGGAUAUCAGCGUGGGCAGGAACUGGUCGAGGUCCUGACUUGUACUCAUGUCACGGUGGACGACAACGGAAAUGUCCCGGUUCAGAUGGAGCAGGGACUGCCGCGAGUUUUCUAUCCGGAACACCAGCUUCGAGGUUCGGGGUUGUGUGACCUGUAA